AUGGAAUAAAUAAAUUGCUUUUCUGAUUAUGUAUAUGACGUUUUUGUACUAACAUAUACUGUUCAUUCUCCCAUAUAAAUAUCUUAAUUUUUGAUAAUUCAUUUACUUAAUAGAAAUGCAACAAUUUAAAAAUACACAGAAGUAUCACUGUAAUAUUUUUCUUUAUUUUUUUUGUUAAAGAUGCUGGAGUAGUAACAACAGAUCCUAGAUUUUAAAAAAUAUGAUAAUUCAAAUAUAUGCACAGACUGUAAAGUAUUAUUGCAUACACUUAUUGUAGUUAGUUAAACCUAAAAGAUCAAAGCAUUAUGAAGUAUGUUAAAAAUUUAUAAUGGUAUAUGAACAUCAUGGAGAAAUAAUUGUGUUGGAGCGAAGUAAAAAAUAUUCUGUAAAUAUAUAAAUCAUAUUUUUUUCUUAGUUUGUUUUCUGAAUUUGUUUGAAAAUUUAAAGAAGGUUUUAAAAUACAGAUUAUUAAAUUUAUAAUAGGAAAAAAGUUUACAUUUUCUUAAGUCAUCAUAUAUUUUUUCUAAUUAUUAUAACGUUUGGGUAAUUGAGAUUUUUGAUUAAGAAUUCUGAUUAAGAUUGAAACCAUAAAUUUAUUGACUGGAUAAACAACAUAUGAAAGAUAUAAUUUAGGUGCACCUUAUUGUAAGAAAAUCUUAAGAUAAAAUUAUAAUAAAUAAGAGUGAAAAUUAAUGAAUGGAAUUAAUAGAAUAAGGAUAAGAUUGAACAUUAUAAUGAUAAUAAUAGAAUAAAGUUUAAUAAUAAUAAUAUAAUAUGUAAUAAUCAAAUUUAAGUUUGGAAAAUUGUUUUGAUAUGUGUUUUAUAAAUAAGAAGAAAAUGGAAUAUAGUAGUGAAUUAUCAACAGAAUUUAUUGAACUAUGAAAUUAUUAUAUAAAUAAAAAUAAAGAUGUAAAAAUAUGAAGAAUUAAAAAUAGCAAUUACUGGAGCUGCUGGUAAUUUAGCUUCUGCAUUGUAUGAUAAAAAAUAUUGAAAUAUAGUUAUCCGCUUUUAGGUUCUGGUUAAGUGUUUGGAUCAACUCAGAAAUUCUCAUUGUAACUAUUAGAAUUACCAGAUAAAUUACAAGAAUUAGAAGGAAUAAAAAUGUAAAUAUAAGAUUGUGCAUUUCCUUUAUUGAAUAAUGUGAUAGUGUCAAGUGAUCCAGCAAUAGCAUUUAAAGAUGCAGAUGUAGCAAUAUUUUUAGGAGCAAUGCCUCGUAAACCUGGAAUGGAAAGAAGUGAUCUGUUAUAAAUGAACAGAGAAAUAUUUAUACAAUAGGUUUGAUAUUCAAAAUAUAAAUACAGGGUUAAAUCUUAAAUGAUUAAGCUAAAACAACUGUUAAAGUUUUAGUUGUGGCAAAUCCUAGCAAUACUAAUUGUGCUACUUUGGCUCAUCAAUGUAAUAAAAUUCCCUAAUCAAAUUUUACAUCUCUUAUGUAAUUAGAUCAUAAUAGAUGUGUCUCUACUGUAUUAUUAUAAUGAUUCAUUUUAGCUUGCAAGAGAAGCAAAUACAACAAUAGAUUAGAUUAAAAAAGUUAUUAUCUGGGGCAAUCAUUCUCUUACCUAAUAUCCAGAUAUGACUCAUUCAAUUAUUAAUAGCAAAUAAGCAUCAGAAACAUUUUCUAAAGAUUUCUUAAGAAAUGCUCUUAUUUAAUAAGUUUAAUAAAGAGGAGGCUAAAUAUUAUAACUAUCUAAAGGAGCUAGUACUAUUUCAGGAGCUAUUGCUGUUAAAGAUCAUUUGAGAACAUGGUUUCUAGGUACAUCUCAUGAUAAUUGGACAUCCUUUGGAGUAUUCCUAAUUAUUAUUUUUUAGGUAAUUUCUGAUGGAAAUCAUUAUCAAAUACCCAAAGGUAUUUGUUUUUCAUUACCUGUGACUUGUAAAGAUUUUGAAUUCUAAGUUGUUGCUGAUGUAGAAUUAGAUGAUUUCUCUAAACAAAGAAUUUAAUUAUCAUUAGUUGAAUUACAAAAAGAGUAAUAAUGA